AUUGAGCUGGCUCUCACAGAACAUAGCGGUCACGUCGCGCACAGAGGCUCUCUGCUCAACCGAUUUCAAGUUCGACUUAUCUCUCCUCUACGGGAAGCAACAUGGGUCGCAAGUUCUUCGUCGGAGGUAACUGGAAGAUGAACGGCAACAAGGCCUCCAUCAAGGAGAUGUGUGACCGUCUGAAGAAUGCUAAACUCGACUUCUGUGUCGGAGUUUGCGUCGCAGUCCCAGCCCCGUACCUCAUGCUAUGCCGCGAAAGUUUGCCAGACUCCAUCCGCGUCGCGGCUCAGAACUGCUACAAGGUCGCGAGCGGGGCGUUCACGGCCGAGUUGAGCGUAGAUAUGAUCAAAGACUGCGGAUGCGAUACCGUGAUCCUGGGACAUUCCGAACGGCGGAACGUAUUCGGUGAGAAGGAUCAACUCAUCGCCGAAAAAUGCGCCUUCGCUCUGCAGAACGGACUGACUGUCAUCGCGUGCAUCGGUGAACUCCUGGAAGAACGUGAGGGUGGCAAAACCGAGGAAGUUAUAUUCCGCCAGACCAAGGCGUAUGCCGAUCUGAUCAAGCCAGAUCAGUGGGAAAACGUCAUUAUCGCCUAUGAGCCGGUCUGGGCCAUCGGGACUGGAAAAACAGCCUCGCCGAAGCAGGCACAAGAAAUCCAUGCCAAGCUCCGUGAAUGGCUCGCGAAGAAUGUCUCCGAAGAGGUCUCCCGGAAUACUCGGAUCAUCUACGGCGGGUCUGUGACGGCGGCCAAUUGCAAAGAGCUCGCACAGGAACCCGAUGUCGACGGAUUCCUUGUGGGGGGCGCGUCGUUGAAACCGGAGUUCGUUCAAAUCAUUAACGCCAACCAGUAGCUCGCGAGACCGGAGAAUCUCAAUCGAGAUACGUCGAAAUACGCGCAACCAAAACCCAGGUGACCCCUGAUACAAUUGAAAUGUCGUCUCUCGAGGAUCAUCCGCUGGAAUGACGAGUCACAAAACCAAAUCCACGCCCUCGAGGGCUACUGAUUCCAACAGAUGGUUUUAAGUCAUGCGUAGAAUGUCAUUCAGUUGUUCUAUGUCAAAAACAGCGCAAUCGAAAAGUCUUUCUCUGUUCCCAGACAGUGAUUAAUAAAAUCGAAGCCUUCGGCGAUUACGGAC